AUGCCUCCUUCUUCUUUUUCUUUGGUCUCUCGAUACGAUGUGUUCCCAAGCUUCAGGGGUCCAGACGUCCGUCGAACCUUUCUCAGCCACUUGUUUGGUGAAUUUGAGCGCAAAGGAAUCAAAAUUUUCAAAGAUAAUCAAAUGAAGAGAGGCAAAUCCAUCAGCCCUGAGCUCAAACAAGCUAUACGAGAAUCAAGAAUCUACAUCAUCAUCCUCUCUGAGAACUACGCUUCUUCAAGCUGGACUUUGAAGGAGUUAGAUGAGAUCUUGUACUGCAGUAAAACUUAUGGGAAGACGAUACUGACAAUUUUCUACGAUGUGGAUCCGACUCAUGUAAGAAAACAGAGCGGAGAAUUCGGGAGGGCUUUUCAAAAGACAUGCAAGACGAAGACAGAGCAGCAGAAGCAGAGAUGGAGGCAAUCUCUGACUGAUGUCGCUAACAUACUCGGCGAGCAUUCACAUAAGUGGCACAGUGAAGCAAAUAUGCUCUCGAAAAUUGCAACAGAUGUUUCAAACGAGUUGAGCUUCACAGAAUCAAGGGAUUUCGAAGAUCUGGUUGGAAUUGAAGCUCAUAUAACAGAGAUGGAUUCACUGUUAUGCCUAGAAUCAGAUGAAACGAGGAUAGUGGGGAUUUGGGGGCCAUUGGGGAUCGGCAAAACAACAAUCGCAAGAGCUAUUUACAAUCGGAUUUCAAGAAACUUCCAGCGGAGUCUUUUCAUGAAGAAUGUGAAGAAAAGUUACAGAAGCGGAGACGCUAACAGUUAUACUUUAAAACUGAGGUUGCAAAGAAAGUUUCUUUCCAAGAUCUUGGACCAUAAGAAUAUGGAGGUCACCCAUUUAGGAGCAGCUACAAGUUUGGCAAAUGGAACUCACUGGUUUGGUAAAGGAAGUAGGAUCAUUGUGACAACAGACAACAAACACCUUUUGGAAGCACAUAAGAUCCAGCAUAUAUAUGAAGUGAAGUUCCCAUCAGAAGAUGAAGCUCUAAAGAUUUUCUCUCAGUCUGCCUUUGCACAAAAUGCUCCACCAGAGGGUUACAUGAAGCUUGCGGUACAAGUAACGGAGUUAACUGGUUAUCUUCCAUUAGGGCUCUGUGUUCUUGGCAAAGCAUUGUGUGGGAAGAGCGCGAGCAAGUGGAAAGAUGAACUACCUAGGAUCAAAACCAGUCUCAAUGGGGACAUUGAACAAGUCCUAAUAGCUGGUUACAAUGGCUUAGAUGAUAAAGACAAAGGUAUUUUCCUCCACAUUGCAUGUUUAUUCGAAGGUAUAGGAGUUGAUUGUGUGUUGCAGUUUCUUGCAAAAAGUGGUCUAGACAUCAAAUAUGGACUUGGUGUUCUUGUCGAGAGAGCACUCAUUAGUAUUCUGAGUGACAAAAUUAUCAUAAUGCACCGUUUUCUACGACAAAUGGGCAGAGAAAUUGUUCGUAAACACUCUAUUCACUUGUCUUGGAGAUGUCGGUUCUUGAUGGCUGCUCGAAACAUUUAUGAUGCUCUGGUUGCUGAUAACACUGGCACUGGAACUGUGUUAGGCAUCUUGUUGGGCACAUUAAAAGUCAGCCUCGCAAGUGACAAAGCCCUAAUUGAAAUGCAUGAUCACCAAUCUCCAAGACUCUACGGCGUUUCGUUGGAGAAGGUUAGACCCUUGCACCUAAAACCUCAUAAACUGGCCUUCACGUAUUCAUGUCUCUACGAGAUGCAUGCCUUCUUGUUUCGUCCUGAACAUAAUGUCAAAAACGAUAUGCAGGGGGGGAUCUUGGGGAAGCUCUGGAAUAGAAUGAAAGUCUAUGUUUUUGCCAUGCUUGGGCUCCUAAUGCAUGGUGUUUUUUACAUCAUGAGCAUGUUCCCUCCUGCAUUUGCUAACAUAGUAGCAUCCGUUUUGGAAACUCAAGAAGAGUCUUAA